AUGGCAGAAAUAAAUACUCAGAUUGAAGAAAUCAAAAGUCUUUUAUCUUCUGAGGAGAUUAUCACACCUGCAUCGCCAGAAUACAUCGAGCAGUCAGUUACAUGGGCUGCCCAAUGCAACAAAAAGCCUCGAGUGGUAGUUCGACCAAAGACAUUGCAGACGUUGGGCAAAAUCAUCGCACGUCUGAAUGAGUCGAGCCUAGACAUUGGGAUCCGAUGCACAGGGGUGGGAAACGCCUCUGCAAAGGAUGUUUUGGUUUCCAUGUCUGAAUUCAAAUCAUUUUCAUUCAACCCAGACGAUGAGAGCAUCACCUUCGGAGCUGGUCACAAUUGGGGAGAAAUUGAUCGCAAAGUAGAAGAACUGGCCCCCGGGUAUGCAGCGGUCAGCGCAAGAUGCACAUACGUUGGGGUUGGUGGUUCAAUUCUAAGCGGCGGACAAAGCUGGCUCAGUUCAGAAUAUGGACUUUCUUCUGACCCUCAGAACAUGCUUGACGCACAAGUGGUCAAGAUGGAUGGCAGUGUCACCUGGGCCGGUGAGGAGCCAGAUCUGUUAUGGGCUCUGAGAGGAGGAGGAGGUGGAUUUGCCGUCGUGACUGCCUACAAGAUGCGAGUCUACAAAUACCCUUCUGCAAUCUUCACCGGGCAGGUUGUGUAUCCACCAGAGGCUCUGCGUGAUGUGGCUCGAGAAGUUGCAGCAUUUGCUUCCAGAUGCAGAGAUCCAAAAAUGGCUUUGCAUUUAUAUUGCCUGGACAUGACCCAGGGGACAUACGCUGGCAAAGAGGCCAAACCAGGGCUUGCAAUCUUUGCAUAUGAUGCUCAUGGAGAAGAACAUGGAAGAAGCGAUAAAGGGUUUAAAUGGGCAUUAGACAUCAAGGGAGCGGUUGAUAUGACCAAAUGCUUGAACCAUCGAGGGGUCAAUGAACAAUUCGACGCUCUAAAGUCUACCAUGGGAAUGACAAAUACCUGGGCUGCUGGAGUUACUGUUCCAUCAGUUGACCAGGAAUUGAUCUUGCGUGCCUGGGAAUGGUAUUUGGACCUUUUGAAAAAGGAUCCGAGAUUGGUAAGGGGUACUUAUGUCCUGAUGGAAGUCAUGCAAAAGGCUGCAUAUCAGUCACUGGGAUUCCCUAGCAAAGUCUCUGCUUGGCCGCAUACAUUGCAUCAACACAACCUCCAGAUAGGAACUGGUACACCACCAGGAUCAGCCGAGAGCGAUGCCUUAGCCUAUAAAGCAAUGGCAGAGGGGCCAUAUCAGAUCCGGCCAGGCCAUACUGGAGCCGAUUAUUUCCCAAAUUUCAUGGAAUCCUUCGUGGAUCCAAAACAGGUUUUUGGCGUGAAUGGGGACAAAUUGGUCGAGAUCAAGAAGAAGUAUGAUCCCAACAACAAGCUUGGAGGUCCGUUUGGCAGAAAUUAG